GACAAAGGCAUGAACAACCUUUGAGUAGCAAAGCUCUUCUCAAAACCUCCUAUUGUUUUAUUUUUUUCCCUCGAACCUCGAACCUCGAACCUCGAACCUCUUAUAUGUGCAAGUGCUAGUUAAUAUACUAAUUUUCUUUCCUUCGGCCAUCUCAAUGGCAUUUGUUAGAUACAGCAUAGCAGCGUUAUCUCUCUUAUGCGUGUUGGGCUGUGAGGAGAUUAACGAAUUAAUACAGUAACAAGUCUGUAAUUUGAUUUUCUCUCUACUUCCCAUUGACGACUUGAGUUUUCAAAUUCAUCAAAUUGCCUUGGAUUUGUACAUUUCUAAAACCAAAUUGAUGACAAGUUCGAAGGUCUAGCACAACUUCAACGUCAUUGUUCGUUCCUUUAAUUUUCAUAGACAUUACAGCAACUAGGUUGCCAUUUGAAUUUCUUAUGAUACAUCCAGCUCGAGUUGCCUGUAGAUGCAUCAUUGGAAUUCAUUUUUACCAACACAUGAGGGAGGUUGCCAUUUAUUUCUGUUCUUAUUUUAGAUGUGGAAUUCACUCCACAAUGCUAAAUUGGAUUUUCCUUCACCCUUAUGGUAUGGCAACAAGGUGUUCAAAGAUUUCUUUGGUUUUUGAAGGUAGUUUGCACGCAAAACUAUGAGCUCUAAUCCACAGGAAUCAACAAAUGUCUUUACUACCAUAUUUGAAGACUAAGAAAGAGAUUAAAUUUGGUUGUGCAUAUGUUCAAAUAUUGCACACCGGCAUUGCCAAAAAUACUCUUUCACAGGGUAGUCAAAUUCACUCUCUCAUCACUCACAGGGGAUUGACAUUUUCUACACGGAUAUUUUUAGAAAAUAACCUUGUCAACCUAUACGUCAAGUGUGGUACUCUGGUUGAUGCUCGUAAAGUGUUUGACGAAAUGAAAGAACGAGACGGCUUCUCAUGGAAUGUGGUCAUUGCAGCUUACAGAAGAUAUGGGUAUCCUCAUGAGGCACUGAAACUGUUUGACCAAAUGCAACAAACUGGUGUACAACCCGAUCAGUUCACAUUUGCCAGCAUUCUCCCAGCUUGUGCCAAAAUACGAGCUUUGGAACAGGGUGUUGACAUCCAUCAAAGAAUCAAGAAAAGUGGUUAUUCGACAGAUGUUGUCAUUGCCAGUGCCUUGGUAGACAUGUACACAAAGUGUGGAAUUCUACACAAGGCACACGAACUGUUUGAUGAAAUGCCUCAUAGAAAUAUGGUUUCGUGGAAUACGAUGAUAACAGGAUAUACGAAAAAUGGUGCUUUUGAUGAGGCUUUCAGACUUUUCGAAGAAAUGCCUCAACGAGAUGUGGUCUCAUGGAGUACGAUGAUUGCAGGAUUUGCAAAAUAUGGGCUUCUUGAAAAGGCCUUUGAGACUUUUAAGCAAAUGAAAUCGGCAGGCGUAAAGCCAAACUCCACAACGUUUGCCGGCAUCCUCCCAGCCUGUGGUAAAAUGCAAGCCUUGGAGCAGGGUAUGAACAUCCAUCUAAGCAUAUUUGAAAGUGGAUAUUGGUUGGAUACUGUUUGUGCAACUGCUCUGUUGGACAUGUAUGCCAAAUGUGGAACCAUACACAAGGCACGGAAACUGUUUGACAGAAUGCAUCAAAGAAAUGUGAUCUCAUGGAAUGCUAUGAUCGCAGGAUAUUUACACAAUGGUGUUCUUGAUGAGGCUAUAAGUCUUUUCAAAGAAAUGCCUCAACGAGAUGUCGUUUCAUGGAAUCUGAUGAUUGCAGGAUAUGCACAAAAUGGUAUACUUGACGAGGCUUUAAGACUUUUCAAAGAAAUGCCUCAAAGAAAUGUGGUUUCAUGGACUGCAAUGGCUGCAGGAUACACACAAAAUGGUGCUCUUGACAAAGCUUUAAGACUUUUCAAAGAAAUGCCUCGACGAGACGUGGUUACAUGGAAUAUGAUAAUUGCAGGAUAUGCACGAAACGGUUUUUCUGAAAAAGCCUUGGAGAUUUUUAAGAAUAUGCAAUUAACAGGUGUACAACCUGAUGAGUUUGUCUUAGCGAGCAUCCUGUCAGCAUGUGCCAAAAUGGGAGCUUUGGAACAGGGUAUGGAUGUCCAUCGAAGUAUAAUCAUAAGUGGCUUUUUGUCAGAUGUUGUAGUUGCCAGUGCCCUCGUCGACAUGUAUGCAAAGUGUGGAAGUAUACAAAAGGCACGUCAACUAUUUGACAAUAUGUCGCGACGAAAUGCACUGUCAUGGAAUGCAAUGAUUACAGGAUAUGCAAUGCAUGGCUUUCACAAAGAUGCUCUCAAAUUCUUUGAACUAAUGAAACACUCUGGAAUAUACCCUGACAAUGUAAGCUACAUUGGUGUUUUAUUUGCUUGCGGUCAUGCAGGUUUAGUGGAUGAAGGCUGUAAAUACUUCAAUGGCAUGAACAACUCCUAUAACAUGAUUCCUACAUUGGAGCAUUAUGUAUGCACGAUUGAUCUUCUUGGCCGUGCUGGCUAUCUUGAGGAAGCUUUAAACUUUAUCAUCAAAAUGCCAAUUAAACCUGUAGCGAUUGUGUGGAUGUCUUUGCUUGGUACUUGUAAAUCAUAUAAGAAUAUCGAGCUAGGAGUAUAUGCAGCAAGUCUUCUUUUUGAGCUGGAUCCUCAAAAUUCUGCAUCUUAUGUUCUUCUAUCAAACAUCUACGCAGAAGAGCACAGGUGGGGUGACAAUCAAAAGGUAAGGAGAUUGAUGAUAGAUAGAGGAAUUAAAAAAUUACCGGGAAGUAGUUGUAUUCAAGUCCACAAAAUGGUACAUGAUUUUGCGUAGGAGACGGAUAACGCCCACAAAUGCGAGAGAUGUAUCCAAAUUGCAAGUUGUCUUGAGAGGUUAAGGCAGCAGGGCAUGAUGCAGAUUUUAUAUUGAUUUGGAGAAGGAAACAGGAGAAUUAUUCCAUUGCCAUCAUAGUGACUAGUUGGCAAUUGUAAUUGAAUUGUUGAACACGUCGCUCGGAACGACCCUUGCAGUCUUCAAGAACUCUAAGUACCUGUUGAAUAUCACACUGCAAUCAAGUUUAGCUACAAGAUCGGGGCAAGAGAAAUAGUUGAGAGAGAUGUGAAGUUGUGAAUUGGCUCAUUGUUUCUAACAAGGACAAUGCUAUUGUGGAGAAUCGAGAUUAUUUGGUGAUGCUAACUGAAUCAAGCUGUGAACAUAAACUUGCCAUACAACAAGCUGCAUUGUUUGGACUGGCUGUGAUAAGAAGCAACACGGUUUUAUUUGCAGUUUCUAACAAAGUCAUGCUGUUAACUUCAAAAAGUCAAAUGUAUGGUAUCUAUUACAGCCUAUGUAUACUGAUGAGGUAUUUAUUAAAGCUCUGAUUUACAAUAGAGGCCUCGUUACAUUAAAUUAUUUUUCAGGAAGCCUGUACAUGCCAGGAAUUGAAAGCUGAAAGAUGAGGAGAAUGGGAAAAGCAAGAGGAGAGAAUCACUUGAAGAAAAUGGAAAGAUGCGUGGCCAGAAAUAAACUGUAUGGAAGUGCUUACAGUCAAUCCUAUGCUUGGUCAUGACAAGGAGAGCAUUGCCUUAUAGUUCUUCGUUUGUCAUUUUGUAUGGUCCUCUUGUCUGAAUUAAUUUUAUUGUCUUGUGCAGGUCAGGACUGUCAUUUGGGAUGAUUAUGUAUAUGUGGAUUUUGUUGUGUUGCAAAAAUGCAAUGCUGUUUUACACCCCUCUGCUAUCUG